AUGAGAAUCGAUGAAGGACACCAGUUCCCCCGACUCGUUCACCCAGACGUCUUCAAUGACGACACGUCCCUACGCCUCCUCGUCUAUCGUCGCCUGACAGAGAGUGGCCUCCCUGCUUCCUCCGUACGCUCUGCCUUUUCCGACCUCUCCUCCUUCUCCACUCGCUGCACCACAACGCACCGUCUCACAUCGUCCACGCUCUGUGGCCCACAUCAGGAACCACACCUGCGCCAGUAUAAUGCUUGGGGACGGCGUGUGGAUGAGCUGGUCACAGGACAGGGAUGGAAGGACCUUAAACGCGCAGCAGCAGAGGAAGGCAUUGUGACCACCUCGUAUGGCCCGGCCCGGCAAGAAUGGGGGAGCGCAGCGCGUGUACUGGCUUUUACCCGGGUCCUGCUCUUUGGCCCUGUAUCCAAGCUAGCGCUCUGCCCCAUGUCCAUGACGGACGGUGCAGCGCGCGUCCUGGAGCUGGUGGGUACGCCCUCGCAGCAAGCGGAGGUGUUGCCUCGCCUCGUAAGCAACGAGGCGGAGAAGGCUUGGACUGCAGGGCAGUGGAUGACGGAGCGACCUGGUGGGUCUGAUGUGUCGAGGACAGAGACGGUUGCGAGGCACGUCGAGGGGAGGACGUAUGCGCUCGAUGGGUUCAAGUGGUUCAGCUCAGCCACGGACGGCGACGUAGCGCUGGCGCUUGCGAGGACGAACGACGUAGCAGGGUCGAGAGGCUUGUCCCUCUUCCUUGUGCGACUGCGCGACAGCGAAGAUGCGCACGUUCCGCUCAACAACGGCGUUCGCGUACAUCGAUUGAAGCACAAGUUGGGCAGCAAGUACCUCCCUACGGCAGAGCUUGAGCUGCGGGAUUGUCAUGCCGAGCUGGUGGGUGAGGUCGGGCAGGGAGUCAAGACGAUUGCUUCCGUGCUUAACAUCACACGGCUGUACUCUGCUUCGGGAGCAGUUGGGGGCUUGCUGUAUGGGUGGCGACUUUCUGCACAUUACGCCACGCAGAGACAGGUAGGUGACAAAAUGCUGAGCGACCUACCUCUACACACCCGGUCUCUCUUUGGUAUCGCGGUCACGCAGAGAGCACUGCAGCAGCUCUUUUACAGCGUCGUCUCGCUGUUGGGGAAGAGCGAAUGCAACAUCGCCUCACGAGAAGAAGACACGCUACUCCGUCUCCUCACUCCGACCCUCAAGGCUUUCGUUUCGACUCGUGGAACAGAAGCGGUCCUUGGGCUAGUGGACUCGUUCGGUGGGCAGGGGUACAUGGAGGACUCGGGAUUGGGCGUUGCGGAGAUGCUGAGGGACUUGACAGUCGAGAGGAUUUGGGAGGGGACAGCAGAGGUGAUGAGUAUGGAUGUGGUGAGGGUGUUGAGCGCAGUAAAAGGGGAAGCCUUGACGGUCCUGCUGGAUGAUGUUGAGCGGAGAGUACGCGGAGACGUCGUGGUGGGUGAGCUUCAAGAGAUUGUGAAGAGGCUGAAAGAGCACGUCGCUACGACCAGGCGAGCGUGUGAAGCGCUUGCCUCUCAUGGCGCAAAGGCAUCGCAUCGCUAUGCUCGUCCGCUGCUGGACGUCAUUGCCCUGCUUUACAGUUCAGCGUUGCUCGUUGAUCACGCAGGGUGGUCACGCAAGCACGCCGGCGAUGACGAGGACGUCGUGGUGGCUCGAGCAUGGGUAGAAGAGAUCGGCGGCAUAGAAGCCGCGAUGGAUGCGUUCAGGCGAGCCCUACGGGACAUUGAGGCGGAGCACAAUGAGCGAGCCGUUGUCUUUGGAGCCAAGUUGUAG